CUGUCUCAGUUAAUAUUAGUUGGAUUUUUCAGGUUUAAAAAAAAACAGCAAAGAAAUAAUAUAUUUUCCCUGUGCCGUGGUGAUUUGCACAUAAUAUUUCAGUUUUAAAUCAAAAGAAGGAAAUAUAAUUUAUUGGGUAUUCAGUGUUAUUUCUUUGGAGCAAGCAUUGUUGUGAAGAAGGAAUUUAAAGAAUUUUGUAAAGUUUCAAGUUGUAGUCCAGUGUUGUGGUGAAAAAUGACCAGUACAGAACAUAAAGCUGAUCCCGCUUUACUUAAAGAUAUUGAAGGAGGUGCUAAACUGAAACAUGCUGAAACAGAGGAGAAAAACCCAUUACCAAGUGCUGAAGUUAUAUCUCAAGAGAAGACGAAACAAGCUAUUGAAACAUUUGAUACUUCCAACUUGAAGCAUACAGAAACGAAUGAGAAAACCGGAUGGAAGGAAGCAAUUAGUCAUGACAAGGCAACUGCAGAAUUAGAAAAGUUUGACAAAGGUUCAUUGAAACAUACAGAAACGGCAGAGAAAAACCCAUUACCUGACAAAGAUGCCAUAGAGGAAGAGAAAAAAGAAUUGGAGCAUAGAAAAUCUAUAGGAGAUUUCCAGAAAUCAAGCUUAAAGCGUCAAAACACACAGGAAAAAAUUGUCUUGCCGUCCAAGGAAGUUAUCAGUCAAGAGAAACAGGAAGUUGAGUUGCGAGAAUCUAUCAGUAAACAUGACCGAAGCAGCUUAAAGAAAGUAGAUGUGAAUGAAAAAGACGCCCUUAAAGAAAUUGUAGCACAAGAAGCCACUCAUAAGAUUAUUGAGAGUUUCAGUAAGGAUGCUCUCAAACAUGCGGAAACACUCGAGAAAAAUGCACUGCCAACAAAAGAAGAUAUUCAAAGAGAGAAAGCAGCCAAAUAAAAACAAGAACAGAAAAAAAUUGUUUCUGCUGCAUGGUUCAACUUUUAAAUGUGGUCCAUAUUUUCUUCUGUCCACGUUAAAUGAAUAUAUACAAAAUAAGUGCCAAUAGUGCCUAAGAGUUUAAUCCAUUGGAUGCUGAUUUUCUUUUUUUCCAUCUAAUAAAAAAUUAAGUUGAAUGUUUUUUCUACAAGUGCCUGUACUCUGACGUAUACUUUUAAACCCAGAAGAAUUGCCACCUUGUUAUAUUUGUUACUUUUUUAUUGUUUUUGCUGUUACAUAAUGAUCCUCCCUUUCAACUAGGAAAACUUUUUCUGUGUAGUGGUAAUGCUUAAAUAGCAGAUACUGAUUAUUCAUUAAUGUCGACAUUCUUUUACUGAGUAAAAGAUAGAUUAAUUUUGAAAACAAUUUGAAUUAAAGUGGCCUUCAGCUUUUUUUUGCUGUUAGAAAUACAAUUGUGUUAUUUCAAACAAAGUAUUUCUCAGUAAUUUUAUCUUGCAUCCUAUCACAGUUUAGCCUUCUUCAAAACAGCAUCCUGAGAGCUAUUUAUAGCUCGUCGGUGAAAUUUGUUUCUAAAAAUGGAAGAUUGGGAAAUGAAUCGUCUGCAUAUAGAAGGUGGACCGGUAGUUUAGAGGUAUCAAGGGGUGUCCUUAUUAUUUAUGUAUUUUAUUGGCUGCAAAUUUCAUUUUCCACCUUAAUUCUUUUGAUUUGACAAUUAUAUGAAACAAUUUAUCUAAAAAUACCAUAUUAAACCUUAAGCAAAGCUGAAGGCCACUUUAAGUGGUGCUGAAAAAGUUCUUGUUUACUAAGGGCGUUUGAUUUGAAUUUCUUAUAUUGGCCUUGCUUACAAGUUUAGAGGUCUUAUAAACAAAGCAUUUUAUUUUUUUCUCAGACUUUUACUGUAUUUGUUAAUUAUUGUUGAAUUAAAGUUUGUUAAUAGAAUGGGACCAGUCAAUUCUUUUGCCAUGUUAUUAGAAUAGGGACCAGUCAAGUAAUGUUGAUUAUAUUUUUGAACUAUAUUUUUUUACUGUGGCAUCACUGAAACUACACCACUUGCCAAAUGGGACCACAUUGAACUCUUGGCCAGCUUUGUACAUAAUGAAUUGUGCGACCACAUAUAGCAUUAGAUAUUUCCAUGUU